CGCUCCCGCCGCCCGGACGCCGGGACCCUCCGCCAACCCGCAGCCACCUGCUCCGGGCCCGAAGCCAGGGCACGAUGCGCUCCGCGCUGGCGCUCUUGGCGCUGCUGCUGCUGCUGCAGCCGCCGGCGUCGCUCUCCCUGGUUACGCCGACCACUCCUGUUACGUCGUCGCCCUCCGGGAAUGCAGGCCGGCCCAGUCAUACCUCAACUAAUUCAAACAAAUCUUCAACAUCUGGCGGUACAAUGGUGACUUCAAACACAGUCAAACAAAGUGAAAGUAUAGCAUCCAGUGAUAGACUGGGGACUUCAGCUGUGGUGAGAGGAAGCACAUCUGCAGCACCCAGGAGCUCGGGGGUGACUUCCACCCUAGCCCAGCAGAAAACGAUGACAACACCCAGUGUCACAGAUGGGAAACUAACCACAGACAACUCGAUUACAACUACUAGUGACCCGAAGACCACACUUACACCAGCCUCUACCCCAGCAAAGCCUGAAACCACAAGCAGCCAGAAAGGAACUAAAGAUACAACUGGACCUGGAGCCCCAAGUAGCCACGACGUUACCACUAAGGCAGAGAGCGUGAGCCUGAAGGGAGAAAGUCAGGUGACCUCUAAACCUUCUACUCUGAGUACAGUCUUACACACCACUUCUGCUCUUCCUUCCCUGACGGUCUUAACAAGCACUCACCAACUGACUACAGGCUCUGUUACUACGAAGCGUGCAGAGAGCUCUUCCGAGGAACCAGACAAAAGUACUGCAGCUUCAAGUAGUGCAGGCACGACAGCAGGUCCCACCUUCACAUCUCAGGGGAUAACUACCACACUAACUACUGAAUCAUUAACAACAGAUCCACAGACCUCCAGCAAAAUGCCAGCCGUCCCUGAGACCUCCUCCUCCGUCCCUGAGACCUCCUCCUCCGUCCCUGAGACCUCCUCCUCCAUCCCUGAGACCUCUGCAACCAAGGCUUUGCAAACUACAGCCUCUUCACUGAGACCCACGGCCACAUCCCCUGUCAGGGGACCCACAAGCUCCAGCAGUCAGAUGGCUUCAACUGCCUCCACAGGCUUCACUUUCCCUUCUUUCGUCCCAGUUCCUCGAGAUAACAGGGUACAGUGCAGAUCUGAUGAAAAGCUGAAUGACAAGAUGCUCAUCCUGAACCUCACGAAAACCAGCCUCUGUGGGGAGAGCCCUUCAGAUGACAGACUGAUCACAAUUCUGUGCCGAGCAGCAAAAGCCACCUACAACUCAACUCAAGAUGAGUGCAUUAUAUACCUGAUACACAUUCCAGAAACCCAGGCAGUGGCAAUCAAAAACAUCACUAUACACACACACCUCCUUCCCAAGGACCUGUAUCUACCUCUGAAAGACAAAUGGAAUGACCUACAAGAGGCGGGAGUCAGUUACAUGAAGUUUGGGCAUCAAGGACCACCAGAAGAGACUGAGGACCGGUUCAGUAUGCCUCUCAUCAUCACUAUUGUCUGCAUGGCAUCCUUCCUGCUCCUCGUUGCGGCCCUCUAUGGCUGUUGCCACCAGCGCCUCUCCCAGAGGAAGGACCAGCAACGACUAACAGAGGAGCUACAGACAGUGGAGAAUGGUUACCAUGACAAUCCAACACUGGAAGUGAUGGAGACCUCAUCAGAAAUGCAGGAGAAAAAGGUGGUCAACCUUAAUGGGGAGCUGGGGGACAGCUGGAUCGUCCCUCUGGACAACCUGACCAAGGAUGACCUAGAUGAGGAGGAAGACACACACCUCUAAUCAGGUCUGCUGCCAGCCUCCAACAGUGCCACAGAGCUCCAGACUAAACCACCUCAAGUGCCAUUUGGACAGGGGAGGAAAAUCCUUCCCAUUUGAGGGAAAGACUGGGGAGGAACAGCAGACUCAGAAGGUUCCCUCCUCCCAAUCCCCACAGGGCCUUACUUUUUCCCUUUUCAAGCUGAACAAAUCACAUUCUGUCUAGAUUCCUCUUGUAAAAUAACCCACUAGUGCCUGAGCUCAUUGCUGCUGGAAGAUGAGAGGAAGGGAAAUCAAGAAAGAGCCAUAUAAGGGACUUAUAUGAUCAUCUGGUAGAAUCCCUUCGUUUCACAGAUGAGAGGACUGAGGCCAAAAGAGGGUAAGGUCAAGGGCACACAGCCAUUUGGUGACAGAGUCAGGAUGAAAUCAGACUCCUUCAUUCAGUCCAGUGCUCAUUUCCACCGCCACACUGCUGGAAUCACCUGCGCCCUCCCUCCUGAGGGGCCUCCCUGAGCUGCCCUGGGCAGGGGUUGGAGUCAACAGAUGGGAUGGAAGGAAGAGCGGGGCCAGAUCCUGUCUCAGUGGGAUCUGAUGACUUGAAAGUACAGGUCCUGAGUUUUCUAUCUCCUACCCCAGCCUCGUCUGCCAGUGUUCUUGUCCCCUUUGUUUUUCCUCCUUCCUUUCACUCAAUUUUUAUUCCCACUCUGUCCCCGGGCCCCUGGGACCAACACAGGGCAUUCAUGACCUUGAACCCCUUGUUCUGCAUUCUGGUUUCAUCGGAUUUGCUUAGUGAGAUUGGGACUUAACCCACACAAGACUCCCAGUGUGAAACAGGUCUGCUUAACGGAUCCAUCUCCAGGUGAAGAGCGAAGGGGAAGCCCUUCCUCCCAGCAUAGGUCCUGGCCCAUCACCCAAGGCACUCCUUGAAGAGACUCCCCAAGAGCUCCUUUGGCCUCCCAUUUCCCACUGGGGACUAAAAUCUGCAGCAGCUGCUGAAGGCAUAGUGUUCCUACUUUGUUGUUCACUGCUCAGCCGAUGGAGGUGAAGACUCAAGCUAGGGAAUCCCCCGAGAUCCAGCAUGAAAGAGUAGCUUUAGGACAGACCUUCCCCAGGCCCCAGUCAGCACAGAGGUAGCUUAAUAGACAAUCGAUUGAAACAGCCAAGAAGGAUAGGCUUUACUCUCAAUUCCAUAGGAAACUCAGGGACUUUUCAAGUUGCUGAGAGUUUUGUUAUAUUUGUUAUAUUAGUUUUGUUAUAUUUGUUUAAUCCAGCCCUCUACUACCAAAGGCCAAAGCUCAGGUUGUUGGGAGACUUUCAGUUAGCUCAUCUCACUGAUUCCGAUUCUCCUGUGCAUAGGGUAAGGAAGGCCUAGACCGUGCGAUGCAUUUUAAGGUGCAUAAGGGGCAGCCUGGGGACUAGCUGUCUGUCCCAGUAACAAUCCACUGUUCUGGCGUGUACUCUUCUCUGUAUUCCUAGUGGGGCUGCCCAGUUCUCCUGCAGUUUCUCGUGGCAUCUCAGGGAAACAAAAUACUGUAGAGGGGUUUUGAGGGGGCUUAGCAGUUAGCUGCCAAGUAGAAGGCACCUGAGCACUGGGCAUAGUGGGGUUUAAUCUGAUUUUCUGGGAAGAGGGAAUCCUGUGUGGAAUUUUGAACUUUGCCCAUGGUGUCUAUUGUUUCUGGGCAGAAAUUUCCUGGAACCAACUAGGAAGAUGGGUGGAACUGCUUAGGAGAAUGAAAAUUGUCAUUUCAGGGCAAAAAGCCAGAACCCCAGAACCUAGAGGCCCAGGCUGUGACAGUUCUGAUGAAACAGGCUAUCUGCUCAGGAUAGCUUCUUUUUAGGGGAGGAGUUGAGGGGGAAGAUCUAUGUCCUUCCCUGGCUGCCUGAUUCCUUCUUCAUAGCCUUUGGCCUUUGACAUCCUAGGGGAAAAGGAAGGCCAGGGGUUCAAAUAGGGGCAGAAAAGGAAGGCCAGGGGUUCAAAUAGGGCCCCCAGUGAGCUUCCCAAGAGUUAGAUGCUAGGUUAACAAGGAUCCAAAAGUAUUUGCCCUGAUUCUCUAGCACUUGGAGGUUGGCAGGAUGAAGAACAAUGCCAGUUUGGGGGGAAGUAAAUAGAGGAAAUCUUGUUAUGCUGGGAGGAGAGCUGUUUGCCUCCUUCCUGCCCAGCAUUUGUUUCUUUCGACCCAGUGAGUUUCUAUCGUGGCCUCUGUGGGAGAGACCAGACUGGAUUACUACUCCUUUGCUGACUCUGAGUCACAUUUCACCCGCCAGGCUUUUAGACAGAGACAGCAAAUAUGCCUCUGCAAAUGGAUCAAAGGCUGCAGCCCCAAGGCCUCUUGGGGAGAGAGAUGAUGACUGGCAAGGACUAGAGAGUAAAAAUUAUGCUUGGUCAAGAGGAAUGAGUGUGGCUCUGUCCAAGGAGAACCUUGAGAAGCUUUGGGCUGGUUCAGAGGUUCUUUUUUCUGGUGCACCCAAACUGUGUUACUCUAGCCUUUUAGGGCCACUUCAGAAUCCAUUACCUUGCUUUGGCUUGCGCCUGCCACUAGACAGCUAUGUCAGAGGCCAUACGCCAUAUAUUGGAAAAGGUCACCUUCUUCCCACAUCUUUACUGGGUUCUAAAUGCUAUCUGGUGAUAAAGAUUCUGGGGCUGAGAAGAUAGAAGUGGGACACCAGGAACUCAGCAUGACUUUUAAAAAGUUGUGCCAAAGAGAGAUUAUAAACUCUUUAAUUCAAGGGCACACUGUGUUUCCUUAAGCUGCAUAAAAGGCCAGAAACCAUGAUUCUGAUGAUUGGACAAAAUCCAGUGGGAAGCAUGCAGUCAUGUGCGUGGGGAGAGAAGCAGCAGUGCUUAUGAAGGAGGUACAGAAUAUUCUCUGCAUCAUAGACAGAAUACAGGUUUAAUCUAGUCUAGACACAAGAUUCCUUUAUCCCCUCUUGAUAAGGAAAGCUAGCAGAAAGUUUAUUUAAACCACUUCUUGAGCUUUAUCCUUUUUGACAAUAUACUGGAGAAACUUUGAAAAACAAGUUCAAGCUGAUACAUAUAUACAUAUUUUUUGAUAAUGUAAAUACAAUGACCACAUGUUAAUCUGCCCUGCACUGAUUUAAGUGAAUAUACUUUGAAAAAACAUUUGUUAGCUAAGAGAGAUGGCUUCUUUUUUUUCUCUGAACAGGAAUGUAAAUGUCUAUUUUACUAGAAAUAGGUUUUUGUUUAAUUUUUCUUUAAUGAAAAAUAAGGCUGAUGACAAAGUAUUUUUCUUGCAGAUCAGGCAUUUUAAUUUUUAAAUAUGGUUCUCACCCCCUCCCCAGCAAAGCCCCAGUCUAUUACAGUAAGGGCGGAGUCAACAUGCGCUGGUUGGAAAGCCACACUCUAGUCAUAGGAAAGGGUUUUAGAGACCGAGUCCAAUGUUUUUUUUUGUUUUCACAGAAAAAUAACCUGAAACCCAGAAAGAUAAAGUGACUUGGUCAAAAUCACAUGGUUAGUGACAGAAAUGUGAUUAAAACCUGGGUUGGAAGACUGUCCAGUGCUGAGUGCCUCGGAAGGAAUCAAUAAAUUAAGGAGUGCUAAUUAAGGACAGGCACCAGAAUAACACAAAGGACAGAAUUCCCUUCUCGAAUCUUAUCCUGCAGCCAGGCUAGGGAGGGCAUGAAGACAAAAGUAGGAACCUUACUGAUCUAAUACACUUCCUCCGAUUUGUUUAGGUCUAAGACUUAAAUGAGCAAUUCUUUUCUGCCAAGAAACAGUUUUGAAUGAGCUUUUACAUGUGGGUCUUCUACUAGCAGGACUAAGGAUCAAAGGGAACAAGAUAGGGGAAAGCAGAGUGGGCAGGAGGAAAGCAGUGGUAUCUUUCAUCAUUGUUACUAGCAUUAUUACUAGGUGAAAAUCCAACACUGAGUGAAAGCAGGAGAUUACUAUUUGAUGGGGGUCUUUUUGUUAUUAGUGAAUGUUAAACAGUUUGCCCAGGAGACUAGGGGAGCAUGUGUGUCUUAGUGGACAGGGGUCUGAAGUACACUGGAAUUUACUGAGAAACUUGUUUGUAAAGACUAUACUUAAUUAUUGCCAUAUUGCCAUUUUCUUACAAAAAUAUAUUUUGGAAAAUUGUAUACCGUCAAUUAAAAUGCUUUUGUGUAA